AUGGGAUAAAAGUAUAUAAAACUUACAAUUAUAAUAUAAAUGAAUGAUAAUUUAUUACUUGAAGGUUAUGGAGAGACAAAUGAUAAAAAAGUAGUUUAUCAAUAAAAAUAUGAUUAAGAGAAAAAGAUAGUGAAGUUCAAAGAUAAGCCACAAGUAUGUUUGAAAUAAUCAAAAAUAGUAUUGA